CCAUCUAUACAACACGUUACCACACAGCACUUGUAUACAUUAAUACAUUAGCGCAUUGGCACAUUAAUACAAUGUUUAAUUUUAGCUUGUUUGCAAAACCACCCAAGCCCGAGGAGCUUGUGCGCAAAUGGCGCGCGAGCGUGCGCAGCCAAGAGCGCGAGCUCGACCGACAAAUACGGGGCAUCGCCACAGAGGAGGCCAAGGUCAAGCGCACAAUCCAACAGCUAGCCAAAAAAAACGGCGACCUGGCCACCUGCCGCACGCUCGCAAAGGAGCUAGUGCGCAGUGCGCGGCAAACCACCCGCUUGUACAAAAGCAAAGCGCAAUUAAACUCUAUUCUUCUGGAGCUUACUCGGCAGGCGGGAUUGUUGAAGAAGAGCACGCAGGUUAUGCGGUCGGUUAAUCAGCUUGUGCGGCUGCCGCAGUUGCAGGAGGGGAUGCGGGAGAUGGAGAGGGAGAUGGUGAAGGCUGGGAUUAUUGGGGAGAUGACUGAGGAGGCCUUUGAGAUGAUGGAGGAGAGCGAUCUGGAGGAGGAGGCCGACCUGGAGGUUGAGGCGGUGCUGGCCCAGGUCACUGAUGGGAUGAUGGGGAGCUUGGACGCUGUAAAACUAAAUGUUGGUGGCGCCAAGAAGAGGGACGAGGAGGAGGUCGUCGAGUCGGAUUAUGAGCUGGAGAACGACCCAGAUGCUAUGCUCGCGAGACUGUCAGCACUCCGGUCCUAGACAAUAAUUUUUAAUUUUUUUUACCGAAUGGCUUUAAAUGCAAUCAUGUGCAAUAGUCCUAUAGUGGACCGUCCGUGCCUUGUGCCGAUAUUGCCUGCCGACAAUGU